AUGGGUGAUAGCAGCCGGGAAGAGAUUUGUGCCCAGCUUCGACAAGCUCUAGAACUUCGGGCAAAAUACUGCGAAAAGCUGCCGCCAAAGAGGAGCUCCUUCCCAAAGUCGGGAAAUCUGGAGUUGAAGUGGCAGGAUGGUUUGCUCCAGGUUCGAGAGAAGGGCUCUGAACAGUCGCUCUUCGAAGUGCCGAGCCUGGACGAAUACUACGAUGACAUGAAUACACUAUUUCAGAUCAGGUCUUCUGGACCUGUUUCCAGCUAUGCGUACCAGAGGCUGAGAUUGCUACAGACAAAGUUUGAGCUGUACACCAUGGUCUUCGGGGACCAGGAAGCUCAGGACGCGAUGGAGACAGGGCACAGAGAUUUCUACAACGUCAGGAAGGUGGACACCCACAUUCAUCACUCAGCUGCCAUGAAUGCCAAGCACUUGCUGCGGUUCAUGAAAAAGAAGCUGAAGAGAUUCUCCUCCGACGUGGUCGAUGUAAAGGAUGGAAAGGAGCGGACGCUCAAGACAGUCUUCGACGACAUGGGCAUCGGCUGGACCGACCUGUGCAUCGACCGCUUGCAGGUGUGGGCGGAUAAAAGCUGCCUGCAUCGCUUCGAUCGUUUCAACAACAAGUAUUCUCCAAUGGGGCAGAAUGAGCUUCGCACGAUUUUCCUCAAGACCGACAAUGCGAUGGGCGGACGAUACCUCGCCGAGCUCACGACUGAGUUGAUCUCCGACCUGGAAGAGUCGAAGUAUCAACACGCGGAGUGGCGACUCUCCAUCUAUGGCCGCAAGAUGUCAGAGUGGGAGAGCUUGAGCAAGUGGGUCCUUGGACGUGGCGGCAAAGGAUGUGGCAAAGCCCUUCUCUCACCGAACAUCCGAUGGAUGAUUCAGAUCCCACGACUCUUUUCCUUGUACAAGUCAACCGGUCAGUUGGACAACUUCGGCCAGAUGCUUGAAAAUAUCUUCACUCCGCUCUUUGAAGCCACGCUCUUCCCAGAGAAGCAUGCCGUUGUUGCGGAGUUCCUCCAGCACAUUAGCGGUUUCGACACCGUAGACGACGAGAGCAAGUCUGAGAAACCGGUUGACCGGACGUUCUCGUCAAAGUCCCGGCCGCCACAGCUCUGGGACAUUGGGGACAAUCCGUCUUACAAGUACUAUUCAUACUUUAUCCAGACGAAUCUGCGCUUGCUGAACAUGCUCAGACACCAGUUGGGCCUCAAUACCUUCGACUAUAGGCCGCACGCCGGAGAGGCAGGCGAAGUUCAUCAUCUAGACACAGCAUUUCUGCUAGCGGAUGGAAUCAAUCAUGGCCUGAACUUGCGAAAGUCGAUGGGGUUGCAGUACUUGUUCUACCUGGCCCAGAUUGGGCUGGCCAUGUCUCCCUGUUCGAACAAUCAACUGUUCCUUGCAUACGAGAAGAGCCCGUUUCCGGUCUACUUCUCACGUGGCCUGAACGUGUCGUUGUCGACAGACGACCCGCUGAUGUUCCACCAGACGAAGGAGCCGCUGAUGGAAGAGUAUAGCAUCGCCAAGCAGCUCUGGCACUUCACUUCCGUGGACCUUUGCGAGAUGGCCCGGAACUCUGUGCUGCAGAGCGGCUUUGACGAGGAGACCAAGGCAACAUGGUUUGGCUCCAAGGAUUAUCGCCACGAGAACAAGACUACCUCGACGAAUGUACCGAACCUGAGGAUUGCGUAUCGCAAGAGGGUCUAUCAGGAGGAGCUCCAUCUGCUGGAAGCUAGCGCGGAUGACACUGACGAUGUCGGCGUCAUGUGCAACUUACUGCUUCUCUCCCCGACUCGGCGCUUACAGCAGUCUGACUUUGCCGGCUUCGGCUUGGACUCCGAGCCCAAAAUCCGGCCCUUCGCUGCUGCCUUGCCGGGUGAGGACCAGGAUCUCAGCACGCUCAUGGAUGCCUCGAUCCAGCAGGAAAGCCUUCAGGAGGAGAUGGGCGAGGCUUUGGAUUGGUCCGUCCGGACUAGCCACGGCCCGCAGUCGAGCAAGAUUUCGAAGAUAGUCUCGCACGAAAUCCUUGCGAUAGAUCAAAAGAACCGGAAAGGGUCUUUUGAUGGCAUCAGCCACAAGGGUGCCAUUCCUGUCAUUACAAGAGACUACAGCGAGCACAGUAUGGUCAUGAACGAGAAGACGAAGGAGGAAUUUCUUCUUCGACUUAAUCACGAGUUCGCGGCCCAAAGAGCUUCACAGCAAGGCCAGCAGAUGCUCUCUCUCGGCGUGGCUGUUCUGAUCGGCUGCCUCAGUGGCGCCCUGACCACCUGGCUGGUGCGAAGGUGA